AUGACUCUUUCGCCCGAGCGAAUAGCCUACUUGGCUCAAUCCCGCAUCCCCGAGAUCAUCGCCUGUAACUGCGCCCUCAUCGUCAUUGCCACUGCCGGCCUGCUGGUGCGCAUCUUCGUCCGCAUUAGAUAUCUCACGGGCCUCAAUUUCGACGAUGUGCUAUGCAUUACCAGUUAUAUCUUUACUUUUGUUCUGUGCUUUACUGCCAUGUGGAUGACUAGAUAUGGAUUCGGAAAGCACAUUGGAACAGUAUCCAGCAUGAGCGCCCGGUCCAUGUUCCUCAAGCUCGACUUCGUCACCAUGCUCGCGUACGUCCUCGCCCUCGGAGCCAUUAAGAUUUCCUUCUGCCUCCUCUACCUGUACAUCUUCCCCGGAAAGAAAUUCCGAAUAGCCUGCUGGUGCCUAAUGGCGAUUUCGAUCGGCGAGACCAUCGCGGAAACCCUGGUGGUGAUCUUUCAAUGCUGGCCCGUCCACAAGGCGUGGGACGCAACCGGUCUGGUAGAAGGCCACUGCGUCGACAUGGAAACGUUCUACUACAUCAAUUUUGGAAUCAAAUUGGCCACCGACCUGGCGCUUUUCACUCUACCCAUCCCCAAGUUAAUACAGUUGAAGAUGACGGUGGGAAAGCGAGUUGGUUUGGUCAUGAUGUUUAGUCUUGGUCUUCUUGUCUGCGUCGCGAGCGUUAUCCGAGUCACCUACAUGAAUUCCUUCUCCGUCGACCACACCUGGUCAAUGGUCGACACAAUGAACUGGUCCUGCAUCGAAGUAGCAAUCGCCAUCUUCAUCGCGUGCAUCCCAUCGUUCAAAUCGCUCAUCACUUACCGCUUCCCCGCGCUGAAGCGCCUGCUCGGCUUCUCCAGCGACGACUCUCGCGGCCCAUCGAAGAUGUACGGCGACUCGACCCGUCGAACAUACAACGGCCUAUCGACCGGGCGCAACAGCAUCAAAAUGAAGACCAUGACGGGCCACAGCAUUUCUGGCGUGCAAACCACCGCUCACGGGUCGCAGGAGUGUAUCAUCCACGCGGGCAUCCAUGUCACGACGGACGUGAGCGUCAAUGACGUUAGCGUGUGA